AACCUUUUAAACCGACAUUAACCAUUCAACCUGAGCAUCCAUUUGUCGGUGAUAGCAUUACCAUUACCUGUAAUUCAAUGGUUCAACGUUGGCCUGGUUAUUUACCUUCACACCUGUUAUAUCACUUUAUUGGGAAUACAAGAGGAGAAUCCAACAACAGUAGAUUAACAAUUAACAACAUUACAAAGUUGGAUAAAGGAACGAUCAUAUCAUGCAAGGCAACUGAUGACCUUGGAAAAAGAUCGAUCAUGGGUGAUAGUGUAACAUUAGACCCAUACUAUGGUCCUGAAAAUGUUGUAGUAGAACCUACAAUCACAAAUUUAAAUGUUACAGAAGGAACUACAUUAGGCCCUUUAUAUUGCAUUGCAACCUGCAAUCCUGGAUGUAAUUACAAUUGGAAACAAAAGUGGACAGGCACCUUCAACCCCGUUCCUAACGAAUACAUUUUUAACCAAGGCCGGGGUGUAAGGGUUCAAGCAAUAAACAGAAGGCAAACUGGAAAAUACAAUUGCCGGGUAGAUCAUUCUACUGGUUAUUUACACAAUACAAAAGAAAUAUCAGUGAAUGUACAGUGGUAUCCCUAUUUGUAA